AUGGUUGGUAAAGCUAGAGAGCUCUACGCAUACUCCCCUCUCCUAGCCCACCCUAACAGUAUCCGGCUCUUGCGUCUCCUCCCCGCCAGCCGUGCCGAGGACCCAAUCCAUUGCCGAAUCUUCAACUACUCCCUCACGACCCCGGAACGCACGUCGCACUUGUACGAGUGUCUGUCGUACGUGUGGGGGAGUGUAGAGGAAAAGCAGACAAUAAGAGUCAACGGUGCUGAACUUGCUGUGACCAGGAAUCUUUGUGGUGCGCUUCGACGGCUGCGGGACCCCGAUUUGGAUCGCAUCCUGUGGGUCGACGCUGUAUGCAUCAACCAGGAUGAUUUAGAAGAGAGAGCAAAUCAAGUCCAGAUCAUGGCUUUGAUAUAUGCCUAUGCGAGCAGAGUAGUCGUGUGGCUUGGCGAAGAGGCAGAUGGCAGCAAAGAGGCGAUGGAGCUCUUCCGCGCGGAUGCCAGUCGAGUAUACCGCAAACAGAGGGAAUUACAAGCCACACAAGGAGAUCAGCCCGACCAAGCGUCGGGUGAGAGCAAUGUUAGCGGCGAUCUUCUUCCUGAUGAGACGACAAAUUCUUUACAGAGCAAGGCCAUGACACUGCUAAAAAGGCCAUGGUUUCGGAGAAUAUGGGUACUCCAAGAAAUUGCAGCAGCGCGUGUGAUGGUCGUCCUAUGCGGCUCCGAUGAGCUCACUGGAGCUUGCUUCUUCUGGGGUCUCUCUGGCCUGUUAGAGUGGUGUCAGGACGCAGAGCUUCGUGGUACAGUCUCCUCAAUCCUUUACCUGCUAGGCGACGCCAGCGUACUUCGGGUGAACAAGCCUACUGAUCUUGAACCCUUCCGACUUGGAAUCUGUUCGCUUUCUCAGCUUGUUGAUAUGUUUCGGUUGCGUGAAGCCACUGAUCCUCGGGACAAAGUGUAUGCUUUGCUGGGUAUCAUGUCACAAGACAUCCUCAAGAUCGAAAUAGUCCCAGACUACGGCGUACACUGGGACGACCUCUUCCGGAAGCUUGUCCGCUCAAUAUUGGGGCUGAAAGUAGAGGCAGCUUGGAUCUCUCACGACAGGGAAGGACACGGCCAAGUCUCAGCAAAAGGGUGCACUGUCGGCUACAUUAGUAGUGUAAAUGUGUCAAAGAGCGACCGUCAGGUCGUUUCCAUCACACGAACAUAUCGUUGUAGCCCUAGCGGUUUUCGCAAUUCCAUCGGCAAUACCGAGAUCUGGGUUUUGCAUAACUCUGCAGCCGCUGUUGAACAAGGCGACAUAGUCUGCUGGCUUGAAGGCAGUAGAGGGGCUACCAUCAUACGAUUUCAGGGCGACUGUUUCACUAUUGUUGUGGCGUGGGCCAGGUUCUCGACCGCCUUUGAGAAGGACCUCUUUCGCCGAGGGCAACUUUCGUCACAUCAUCUCAGUCAUGAACAAUGGAUGCACGAGGCACUGGAGCUCACCCAGUACAACCGCAAGUUUGUUCUUUUGUGGCCUUUUCAUAACGAAUGGAAAACACAGACAACAGAAGCAUGGGCAUCAGAAAAGCAAAGCCCGGAACUUGUGUCUUCUCUCGCUUGCAUUGUACCAAUUUUGGAGGACGUGGAUUCGACAGAGGCGCUGCAAAGUCUUUUCGAGCAAGGGUCUCAUCAACUCCGAAGCGAAGAGAACGCGCCCGCUGGUGUGGUGGAUCUUUUCCGGGAUAUGGGCAAAACCCUGCCGAACUGGGGUCUCUACCUUGACUUGAAGGACCAUUUACGAUCGGUGUUAAGCCUGGAACUGGAGAGCGCACUACCCAAUGAGAUUGAACUGGACCUUGUGGAAGUUCGACGUCGCUUACAUGCCGGCCCCGAGCUAGGUACAGAUAUUAUCAAAACGUGGUUCGAUGGUCUCUCUUUUGCACAUGAGCCUGAUUUUGGACAACUUCGAAGACUCGCUUUCCUGCUAGACGUUUGGGGACAAUCCAUUACUGUCGCUAAGAUGAUUGAGAUGGUCGAACUUCUCGAGAAGACCACUCCGCAUCGGGCGACGAUGGAGAUGUUCUCAAGUCGCUUACAUACGAGAGUAAUCGAAGUCCUUGUGCAAUUGACCUCACAGCAUCCAGACUGGGGCAAUACACUUGUAGAAGAGUUGAUACGUCGCGCAAAAGGUUACGUUGAUCGAGUGUACUGUCUUGUGCGUGCUCUUAUCAUAUGUGGUACAGCUUCGUCGGAAUGGAAGCAAACAGUCGUUCAGGCGGUCCUGGAAACGCACAGUGAGGAGCCGUUUAGAGCUAAAGUAGAGACUUUCUGGAUUUCGCCACGCAUCGAACAAUCUUACGAGGCGGCUGUCGACUUUCUAUGGCGCCAGUAUAUCCUGGAGGCCAAAGACUACGUUGGAAUCUCACCCAGCGGAACAUUUCAAUUGAGAAGCGAGCUCAUGCAAGAGUUUGUAAACGAAUACCGUUUUUGGAAAGCCUGUUAUGACGGAAACCUCGCUGACGUCUGGAGCGGGGCAGCCGAAGGUCGUCGCGCUCGCCCUCUGCUCAUAACCUGUAAAGAUAAGAUGGGCAGUUGGUGUCGUGUGUCCGCAACUGAAGCUGCCGUUAUGAAUGGUCACGUUGAAUGCUGCAAGUUGCUACUUGCUCUAUUGGAUGGAGCUGACCAGCAGAAUCAUGGGUGUACUGCUCAUUCAGUUAUCCAAGUUUACCUCUCUCGAGGAGGAAAUUCGCCGAUGGCUUCGGAAAUUUCCGAAUUACUGGGCACAAACCAGGAGCAUUUUGAGGGCUCCAAGUUAUUACCCGCAGAGCAGGGCCAAAGGAUCAAUGGGGUCAUAUCUCGGGAUGGGAGGCGAAGUGAGACCUGGUGA